AUGCUUUUGGAUAAAAAUGAGAAGUCUUGGGCUCCCAAUUGUGUUUGUAAAUCGUGUGAGGAAUAUUUAAGAUCAUGGAAAAGUGGUAAAAGAAAUGCCUUCAAAUUUGAAACACCGACUAUUUGGCGAGAACCACAAAAUCAUCUUGAAGACAGUUAUUUUUGUACCGUGAACGUAAACGGUUCAAACACUAAAAGUCGAGUUAAAUGGCAGUACCCAAGUACUAGUUGUGUUCAACGUCCAGUGCAGCGUUCACCUGACUCUUCAGUGCCUAAAAAUAUAUCUGAACCCUUAGAACAAGACAUUGAAGAACCAAGCUCCUAA